AUGGAGUUACAGGAACUGCAAGAAAACGAGGCGGAGGCUUUGAAGGCCAUCUACAUGGACGAUUUUGUUGACACCACAAAGUCAUCUGCAUGGAACAAAACGCCUUCGCCAUCAUUUGAGAUUCACAUGCGAUCGACCGACCCGGACGCCGAAGAUGCCCUAUCCAGUUUAACGCUCCAGGUCGAGCUCACGAGUACCUACCCCAAAACGGUCCCUGUUAUUCGCAUCAAAAACCCCAAAAACAUUUUAGCAUCACAGGUGGCCAAGUUAGAGAAGUGGAUCGCCGCCACCUGCAAGGAGCUCAUUGGCGCAGAGAUGAUCUUCGAGGUCACCUCGUAUAUCCAGGAGCGACUGGAGGAUUUUCAACAGAAGGUGUCCACCGCCAGUCUGGAGGAGGAGCGGCAGAUGAAGAUCGAGAAGCAACAGGAGCAGCUACGAAAGCAAAAGAGCGACGAGGCCAAAAAGCGGGAACAGGAAAACGCGGAGGAAGACAGAGUGCUAGAGAUGAUGGUUGUGGAGGAGCUCAAGCGACGCAAACAGCGGGAUGAUGAAGCGCAAAAGGCGCUUACUGCGGAGCGACAAUUGUCAAACGGCGGCCCAGUCAUGGCCGAUUGCAUUGAGUUUGACAGAAUAACAACAAUCUCGCGAGCAGGACACCCAGCAAUCAGUUUCAGAAGAGUAGGAGGACAAAUACCCGUGCGAGGGUACUCUUUUGGUAACAAUUUUUUGGUGCGGCCCGUGACAGACCCACCAACCGACAUAUCCCUGCUUCUCACAGAAGUUAGACUUCAGGGCACAUACUGGAUCCAGGCAGAGGGAAAGAAGAUGAUUCAACUACUCGAGUCUGACUUGGACAACUUGAGAAAGUUUCGACACGAAAACGUCAUCAGUCUCUACGACCACAAGUUCCAACGAUGUCCAGAUACUUCCGGAUGGACGCUAUACCUACUUUCCGAAUAUUCUCCUGGAGGAACUGUGUCUGAUCUGCUUGAUACCGUGGGUACCGUGAGUCUCAAAGUGACACGAGUAUGGGCUAUUCAACUACUCGAAGCCCUGGAGGCUAUCCACAAGGCUGGAUUGGUUCACAAGAGUGUCAAUGUGGACACUGUGGUCCUUUUUCGAAACGCAGAAAUUGGAGAAACAGUGGUCAAGUUGGGAUACACUGUUUUUGGUCAACGUCUUAACGAAAUGAAUUCGGCGUGCACAUUUGAUAUGACUGCCUCUGUUUCAUCGAUACAACACGACAGUGAUGCUUGGUCACCUCCUGAGCUAGUGCAGCAGAGUGGAAACAAGCAGACGCGUAAGACAGACGUGUGGGCUCUGGGUGUGAUGCUUCUUCAGACCUUCAUGGGUAAGCAGGUGACGUCAGAGUAUUACGGACCUACAGAUGUGAUCAACAGUCUGGAUCUGGGAGAUUCCCUGGAAGAGUUCCUUCGAAAAAUGUUCAUGCCUUCUCCCAAGAAACGUCUUUCUGCAUUUGAGCUCUUGCCUUGUGAAUUCCUUCGAACUGGUGUCGACUCGCCAGUGAAGUUGGCGUGUGCUUCCAGCAGUGGUGGAAAACGAGGUCGAGGAAGAAGCAUGUCUACGGAUGGACGACCUCACCGGGAUUCCAUGAGUGGUCUUUCCAUGUCUCGAUAUGCUCAGGACUUCGAGGAAACGGUUUUGUUAGGACGAGGUGGCUAUGGUGUCGUUGUGAAGGCUCGCAACAAGUUGGAUGGCCGUUUCUACGCCAUCAAGCGAGUUCAACAUACAGCAGACAAGUUGACUUCCAUUCUAACAGAGGUCAUGCUGCUGUCUCGUCUCAAUAAUCAGUACGUGGUUCGAUACUUUGCUGCGUGGUUGGAAGAGUCCUACGACUAUCAGGAUGAGUCUGCCAUCGAGGACUACGAUUCAGAGGAGGAGUGGAGCGAAAGUGUUUCUAGAGUUGAAACAUCUGUCAGCGCGUUUCCUGCCCGUCUCAACGGCUCAUACGACCAAGAUACGUUUGACGAGCUCUCCAUGAACGCCUCGGUGGACUUCAUCUCCAACUCCCUGCAUCGAGAGUAUCCUGAGAUUGAAUUCGGAGUCAGUUCAGAGGAUGAUGAAGACCGCGAGAGUGACGAUAGCGACAGCGAAGACGAGACUUCUUCGGGGAGCGUAUCAACAUCUUCUCCCAUCAACAGCAGACACAAAACUACCGUCAAGACUCUCGUUGGAAAGGCUGCUCUGGCUGAGCUGCGUGACUCUCCUCGACACAAGCAAGACAAGUCUCUGGUAAAAUCCACCCUAUUCAUUCAAAUGGAAUAUUGUGAGAAGCACACUUUGGCGGAUUUGAUCAAGCAGAACCUCUCAUCUAAACCUGAAGACUGCUGGCGAUUGUUUGGCCAGAUUCUUGAUGCUCUGAGCCACAUUCAUUCUCAGGGCAUCAUCCAUCGAGAUCUCAAGCCUAUGAACAUUUUCAUUGACUCAUCUGGUAAUGUCAAGGUCGGAGAUUUUGGACUGGCCAAGAAUAUCCAUACUGGAACUUCUCUGGUUGGUGCCGGUGCAGGAACUGGUGGGAGCUCGUCUCAGUACACAGGUGAGGAUAUGACAGGCGACAUCGGUACUACGCUGUACGUCGCCAAUGAGGUAUUAGCCACAGGCGGGGAGGCCAAUUACAACGAGAAAGUUGACAUGUACUCUUUGGGUAUCAUCUUUUUCGAGAUGGUGUUCCCCAUGAACACUGCGAUGGAGCGUGUCUACAUUCUUCGAGACUUGCGCAACCCUAAGGUCAUCUUCCCUCCAGCGUUUGAGGCUUCUAAGUACAACGAACCUCGUAAGAUCAUUCGAAGCUUGCUCGACCAUGACCCCAGCAAGAGACCUUCUGCCCAACAACUCUUGGCCUCAGGCAUUUUGCCGAUUCCUAAUAAGGACAAGACUAUCAAGGAGGUGAUUCGAAGCUUGGUAGACCCCUCGCCCAGUUCGCCAUGGCUUUCUCAAGUGUGUCGGGCUCUGUUCUCACGACCUCUCAAGACAGCGCAGGUGUUUCUUUACGACCGUGCAAUCGCUGGUGAGGGCAGUAAAUCGGACUCUCGCGAUUCUCUUCUCCAGGCUCAGAUGAUUGAGCAAAUCGAGGCAACUUUCAGAAACCACGGUGCCAUCAAGGUCAACAAUCGACCAUUGCUAUUUCCGAAGUCUCUCAUAUACAAGUCCCCAAAUGUGGUGUCAGUACUCGAUCAAGCGGGUACAAUUCUUCAGUUGCCCUUCGACCUGACACUCCCUCAUGCUCGAAUGCUUGCCAAGGGUCAGACUUACUACCAUAAGUCUUUCUGCUGUGAUUAUGUCUAUCGAGCAGAUGAGAACAAUGUCGUUAGCCAUCCCCGCCGGUUUGGAGAGAUUGACUUUGACAUUGUAACCCAGGAUUCUACGGACUUGCCUCUGUAUGACGCCGAGGCUAUCCGAGUACUCGACCAGGUGAUCCAGUUGUUCCCAUCUUUUAAAAACAACAACGUCGUCAUUUACAUUAACCAUUGGGAUAUCCUGCAGACUAUUUUGGAUUCAUGUCGUAUUGGGCAAGCCCAGAGAGCUGUUGCUCUUCGGCUUCUGGACGAGACCGGACAGGCCCCUGCUCGCCAGGUUGUCAAGGAAGAGCUUCGAACCAAGUACUCUGUCGGUGCCACCGCUUUGGAUGAUUUGGAAUCAUUUGGAUUCCGAGACGACAUCGACAAGGCCGAACAACGUCUUCGUAAGAUGAUCGAGGGCAGCGAGCAUACCACUCGGCUGACAGAGUCAUUCUUGUGGAUUCGAAAGGUUUCUACCUAUCUGAAACGUUUUGGCUGUACCCGUCGUGUCUACGUUGCUCCAUUGAGUAAUUACAACGAGGACUUCUACCGCAGCGGUCUGAUGUUUCAGGCUGUCGUUGAGGAUACCGCUCCACAGAAGCGCACGUCCAUUCUAGCUGUUGGUGGACGAUAUGACCGACUGAUUACUCGGUUCAGACACGAGUCAUUGGAUCGAGGAGUUCCCCGCACGCAUGCUGUCGGCUUCAACCUUGCUUGGGAAUCAAUCUUCGACUCCAUGAAGGCCUACAGAGAUGCCUUGAUGAAAAAGCAAAAGAAGAAGGGCACGGUUCAGGUUCUCAGCACAUCCACUUCGUCAUCUGCUCUCGAGUUGCAACGUUGGUACCCCUCUCGUUGUGAUGCUCUCGUUACGUCCUUCAAUAGUAACACAUUGCGCACUGUUUGUCUAGAUGUUUUGAAGGACUUGUGGGGAGCAGGUAUUCGAGCUGACUUGUGCCGAGAUUGUUCAUCAUCGGAGGAACUUGUUGCGCGGGCUCAGAGUGAAGGUAUCAAUUGGAUCAUCAUCGUCAAGCAGCAUAGUGGCUACUCUUCUGCUGCGGCCGCGUACAAGCCCCUUCGUGUCAAGAAUGUUGCGCGGAACGACGACACUGAUAUUGAUAGAGAUGGAAUCGUCGGUCAUAUGAUGACUGAGUUGAAUGAGCGGGGUGGAUCUUACAGCAACACAAACGCCCUGGCACCCCCUUCUCUGUCUGUGCCUCACGACCCAUCGCCUCCAGCUUCCAUUGUGGAUACUAGCGAUAUCUAUGCCACCAACAAGGUGUCUGUGAUCACGAAUGAGUGGAACAAGAGUAAGUCCUCCAAGAGAACCAACCAGUGGAACGACGAGGAGGAACGUGCGUUGAGACACACGCGUUCGCUGGUACACGACAUCCAGGAGGCUCCCAUUUUCACAAUCGAUGUCAAGGAAGAUAUACUUGACGCCAUUUCUGUGACUUCUCUGGCAUCGUUUGAUGAAUGGCGUCGAAAGGUGAUUGGUAUCCAGCCUUCACAUAAGCCUUACCUGGCAAAGAUCUACAACCAGCUGGUCAAGCUGAAGGAAACACGAUCUACGGCUUUACUGUAUUCACCUAAAGCAGACAAGUUGAUUCUUUACAAUCUGAGGAAGUGA